AUGAAUUUGAUUAAUGAAUCUGCCGCUUUCAAAUCAAUCAACAUCAAUGGCGCUGAUAAGAAUUAUAACGUUUCAUCAACUAUUAUAAAAAGAUCAUCAAAUAGAUUAUCAAUUACAUAUAGCAAUACUACUGAUGAUGAUCAAAAUAAAAAUGAAGAAUCCAAACAACUUGAAAAUUUUAAUGAAAAUAUUGAUUAUUCGGAAAUAAAUUCACAACAUGAGAGAAAUAAAAGUCGUACUAAUCGCGAAUCCUUAUCUCAUCAAGAUAAACUAAAAUUACAACCUUUACAACCUUCUAAACAAUCAACUAAUGUUGAUAUUGCUAGUAUCAGUAAUGAUAGUUCUUUAGAAAAUACAGAUUCUCCUACUUUGCCAAAAGGUUUCGCACCAUUCAGACAAGAUGAUGACGAGAAAGAAGAAGAUGAAUAUGACAAUGAUCAAAAAGAAAAUAUCAAGGAGAUCAUUGCUGAAGAUCUUCAAGAAGAGAUCAUAACUCAACAAAAGGAUGUAGCUUCCUCUUUUUCCAUCUCAGACCAAUAUAGCGAGGAACAAUCGCAACCAUCAUUAAAAAAAUCAAAAAAAAGGGACGAUCGAUAUGAAGGAGGGGAAAUAAUUGAGUUUUUGAAUGAUUAUGAUUGUCUGGUAAGAGUAGCAAUGAAGGGCACAUUUCCAGUCAGUGGCCGUGACAUGUCAUUGGCUGGUAUGCUUGAUCGUGAGGAAGGAACAGGGAUAAUUCGUUACGUAACAGUCUCAGUAAACGAUCCAUUAAUACCACAGAGUAAAAGACAUGUUAGAGCAGAUUUACAUUUUGCUGGCUGGGAAUUUAUUCCAACUUAUUUUGAUUCUAAUCCUAACAGGAUCAAAUCAGUCUUUUGCAAAUAUAUAGUUGACAUUGAUAUUAAGCUGGCCACUGUUCCCUCCUCCAUACUAAAGCAAUUUUCAGUACAAACACCAAUAGUAGUUUUGAAAAUUAAUGAAUUAUUGCACAAAAUUGGUUAUCCGCCUUACAUGUUACUGGAAUCAUCCUCUUCUACAGCCUUAUUACCUGACCAAUUGGACAUUAAGACUUAUGAUUACGUGACAACUAUCAAAGCGUUUCCUGGUUCUAUUGCAGAAAUUAAAUUUUCCAAGUUAAUGUAUCCAAAUGGAUUCGAUAUAUCAUUUGAAUGCCACAAUGAUAAUGACGUUAAGAAUGCUGAUACUAAAGGUUAUAAAUUAACUUAUAAUAAUGGCGAAAAAAUUAUUCCUGUUGUCCCAAAAGAGAAAAUUUCCAAGACAAACAAAGAAAAAAUUGAUAAAGAAAGACUCAAAAAAAUGCUGAUUUGGAGAUCAUACAGUACUGAAUGUCUACCGACUGUCAGUUGUAUUGGUGAAUAUUUUAUUUCUAGAAAAAGGUGUAAAUAUGUGAAUGCUCAAGAUCGUACGGCAUGUGACGGUGUCUUGAUUGAGUCAAGUACCUGGGUAUUUUCUGCUGUCUAUGAUAAACAAAUUCAAACAGCUAUCGACAAUAUCGGUGGUGUUGUAAGAUUUUUAGAUAAUGUUGUUUUACCAUAUUCAUUUCAUUCAGAUAAAGGCUCGGAUUCAAAUCUUAAUUAG